AUGUCCAAUGGCCUUGUCUUGAUCGCCGGUGGCACCGGACAUGUGGGAUUCAGAACCCUUGUGACUGCCUUGAAGGCUGGCUACCACACUGAGAUUCGCUCUGCGCCAUCCAUUAAAGCCCUCAAUCUAACAGAUGAGCUUACCUUCAUCAUUGCACCAGACCUGAUGGUUGAUGGUGCAUACGCGAAGCAGUAA